CGGCAAAGUCCAACCUUGUCCCGCUGCGUUUCCAAGGAAACCAGAGUAUUAUGGGGUGAACCGCAUGGAACACUAGCACACUCAAACUGGCCCGCUGCAGCGAGGAGAGCAUCGACGUGUGUGUGAAGAAGAAGAGUGUCCAAGGGGACGGGGAGCCAGUACCUCAUAGGCCCAUGUGACCAGGGCUCUCGGACCAAUGGAGAGCCACAACACCGGCGGAGAGGCCCGGAGCUCCGCCCCCGCCCCGGGGGCUGGUUCAGAGGCGGCCAGACGGGACUCGGACCUGCGGGUUGUGAGAGACCGAGUGAAACUUCUGGAACAGAACACCAGCUCAGUUGACCAGUCAGACGGCUACCUGAGAGACAGUGGCAGGAUCACAGAGCUAGAGAGGUCAGAGACGGCUCUGCUGCAGCAGCUCAGCCAGCUAGCCACUGGCGCCACGCCGCACCGCCGUCCCAGCAUGCAUCACACCCAGCGGCUGGACCAGAGGCUCCACAGCCUCAGGGAUGAGGUCCGCAUCGUGUCCCAUGAGAAGGAGCGAGGGGAGCGCGUGUGGCGGGAGCGUCUGCUGCGCUGCCAGAACCAGCUGAAGGCCAAGGAGGAGGAGAUGGGCCGCCAGUCCCAGUACUUCCACCACUUCAAGACCCAGCUGCAGCACAAGCUGGGCCUGGCCCGGGACCGCGAGCAGGGCCUGCAGAACCGCCUCCACGCCCUGGAGAAGCAGCUGCUGGACGUCACCGUGUCGGCCGCCACCACCAUGACCGCCGUCAUGACGACCAAGAUGGCCGUGCCCUGCGUCGCCGUGGCGACCGGGCCGGGGGAGGACAGGGUGCCCUGCCUGCGGGAGGAGGGGGAAGGGGAGGAGGGAGGCGAGAGGAAGAAGAAGGAGGAGGAGGAGGAGGAGGAGGAGAAAGGGAGGACAAGAUGGCCGACGAGGCCUGGACGCCGGCUGGUGGCCGGCGAUAGCGGGAGCGCGGAAGAUGCGGAUCUGGAGAAAGGGGGAGGAGUCGAGGAGGAGGAGGAGAGGGGCAUGGGCGUGGCCAAGCUGCGGAGCUUCAUCCUGGGCCUGCAGGAGGACCUGCGGGCCCUGCUGGAGCGGGAGGAGCAGGGCCAGGCCGAGAGGAGGGGGCUGUCGGAGCAGCUGCAGGAGGCGCAGGAGGGCGGGCACCUCCUGGGCUGCCGGCUGGAGGAGAAGGGGGCGGAGGUGCGGCGGCUGCAGCAGUCGGAGAGCGUCCUGCUGGAGGAGGUGGAGGAGCUGAGGGAGGAUAACGGCCGCCUCAGGCAGGAGCUCAGGGGGGCCCUCGGCAGCCAGACCCCCGCUCCGCCGGCCCCCGGGGCUGGGUGUGCGUGCUGGGCCGCGGGGGUUCCCCCUGGCUCCCCGGGACCCGGCUACGGCCCCAACCCUGUCGGGGUGUCCCCCCCGGGCCUCCCCCACAGCCCUGGAGCAGACGAGAGAGCCAUGUGCCCCCCGGGAGACUCUGCAGUGCUCCGAUCCGAUAAGCUACUCGCCCCACCAAAAGCCACCACCACUCCUCACCUCCCCCAGGGGGCAGCAGAGAGCACCCUGAACCCCAGCGACCACUGCCCUGCCUCCGCUGAUCCAGACACCGCACCGUUACCCCAGCCUGACCUCCUGAACCUCUCAGCCAGGCUCCAGCCCCGCGCCCAUCCCGGCCUCGGGGGGCACGGCCUGGCUGAGGACCCCGCGGAGCUGGGCCAGUUAGACCUGGAGGAGUGGGGCUCCAGUGGAGCCCUGCACCUGGAGCUCAGCCCCAGCCAGGAGGCCGACGCCCUGAUGGAGGCCUACCGGAGCCUUUGCCCCGGAGCUGAUCAGAACCACCACCAGGAGCAGCAGAACGUCCAGGGACCCAAGCCCCAGCUGAGGUCCCCGGCCGACCUUCCAGGUGGAGCGCCAGUAGGGUGGAGGUCUUCACCAGGAAAGGUAAUCAUGAUGUUUUCUGGUUUCCAUGGUCACAUGCGUCCCAUUCUCAUUGAAGCUUCACACGUUUCUCCUCAGAAGGAGAGGGACCCGUCUUCUGACCACGCCCGCGUCGACCAUGCCCCGCCCCCACCCGGUCAGGACCACGCCCCUCCCGCCCCGCCGGCGGACCACCUCGUCCGCGCCCUGAACCAGGAGAACCGGGCUCUGGCCGAGCGCAUCCAGGAGCUGCUGGCCCGCGUGGAGCUCCGGGAGGAGGAGCACGCCAAGGAGGCGGGCCUCCUGGCGGAGGGGGCGGCGGCGGCGCUGGCGGCGGAGGUGGGCCGGCGGGAGCGGGAGCAGCAGGAGCAGGGCGGUCUGAUCGCCGAGCUCACCAGGAAGACGGAGGACGACCUCAACGGCAUCAUGGACCUGCGGCAGAGGCUGGCCGUCGCCAAGGAGGAGAGCGCUCGCCGCCGGGCCGCCGAGAGCGAGGCGCCCGGAGGUCGCCGUGACGACGGGAGCGCCCGUGGCGUCGCGGCGGGGUUCGCCCGCAGGUUGGGCGAACGUCUGUCGCAGGUCGAUGAACAGACGCAGACUUGUCUAGAGCAGGACCUACCCACGACGGACUCUUCCAGAGAUCCAUUCCCUGGAGAUCACUGCGUGGAUCAGGGCGUGGCCACUCGCCUCCAGGUGGAUGCUCUGGGCGUGGCCGCUCGCCUCCGGGUGGAUGCUCUGGGCGUGGCCGCUCGCCUCCGGGUGGAUGCUCUGGCCGAGGCGGUGCGGGCGCUCAACGAGGAGAAGGAGGAGCUGUCUCGCUGCGUGGGCCCUCUGAGGGAGGAGCAGAGGGAGGUGGCCCUGACGCUGCAGACCCGGACGGAGGAGAAGCAGAGGCUGACGCGGACGCUGUGGGGGAUGAAGGAGGAGCGCGACGGCGUGGCCGCCGCUCUGAGCGCGCUGAGGCAGGAGCGGGAGCAGCUGAGCAGGAGCGUGUGCGGGCUGAGGGAGGAGAGGGAGCAGCUGGGGAGGUCCCUGGAGGAGCUGAGGGAGGAGAGGGGACGGCUGGGCGAGGAGUUAUCGGAGCAGAGGAACCAGACGGAAACUUCAACGUCAGAGCGAACCUCGGGGGGAGGAGGGGAGGGAGUUCAGGGAGACCAGGAGGACAGGGUGGAGUUAACCACCCAGUCGGAACACAGCUUGAAUGUGGACGACGGUGGACUCACAGGUUCCUCUGGGGGCUUGAUAGAGCAGCGAGAGACAGAAAGGGCAUAUGAUGUCUCAAAGGAAGAAAGAGAUGAGUUGUUGCAGUCGGUUUGCAGCUUGACGGACGAGAGACGCAGAGUUGAACAGUCGAUAGCUGAUUUGAAGACAGAAGAGGAGCGGCUGAGGCUUUCAGUCUGGAGUAUUAUAGAGGAACGAGAUGUCCUACAGGCUGAAGGUGCUGCUCUCCAGGACCAAUCACAGCCUGAUGGGAGGGGUCAGGAUCAACAUCCAGCCAAUCAAAUCCAAGGAGGAGUGGCAAAGAAGACAGAGAAAGAAAACUUGAAAUUUGUUGAUAAUCAAGAGAAGUUUUCCCAGGGGGGUUUGGACACAAAUUCUCAUCAAAAUGAUCUAAUGAGACAGACUGAAGCAUUGGCCGCUGCCCUAAAAACAACAAAAGAGGAGCUGAUCAAGGCCCAAUCAGAGACCCAGAGGUUGGGCAGAGAGCAGUCUGGAUCAGAGGCCAGGCUGGGGGAGUUGGAGAAGGCCUCAGCUCAAGCUGACAGGGAGAAGAAAAGACUGACCGAUUCACUGGAAGAAACCAGGCAGGAAACUGAGCUGCUCACAACACGGGUGAAAGAUCUGCAGAGCAGGCUAGCAGGCCUGGCCAGAGAGAAGGACGAAGCCCUGACCCAGAAGACUCACACAGAGGAACAGUUCAGCAUCCUCCAGGCCCAGCUCCGAGCCAAGACGCUGGCUCUGGACGGGCUGAACUCUGAGUACACCGCCCUGAGGAGAGAGCAGCAGGGGGACCCCAGCCCAGCCUCGGGGUCCCUGCGGUCCCGCUACAACGACAUCCGAGCCAAGUACGAUGUACUCCUGAGGAAGAAAAGCCUCCACGAUAUGGAUCUAGCUCCUCUAAAGGCCAAGCUGUCGUGUCUGGUGCUGAAGUGUCAGGAGAGGAACAGCCUAUUGGUCCACAUGAUGAGAGCCAUGCGGAGGCAGGGCUUCGUGGACCCCGCCCUCACCCAGCAGGCCGAUGACCUGCUCAGCGACCCCGCCCUCCAGGACUACACCGCCGCGUUCCCCCCCGCAGCCCCGUACCCGGACCUCGGCCACCACCACCACCACCACCUCCAACCCCACCAGCACACCCCCAGGGCCACCAGCGGGUUCGCCCCGCGGCUCCGGGACUACGGCACUGGCUCCUCCCCUGCGCCCCCCUCCCCUGAUCCGGCCUUCUCCUCCUCCACAUCUCCCACUGAGCUCCAACCUCCAGGGAACCAAAGCACAUCCCCCGUCCUGUCGGGACCGGUUCUGAUGCACAACGACCGCGGCACCGAUGCUGGAGGCCGCCGGGGAACCCCGGCAGAACCCGCCCGUGACGUUCAGAGCGCUGCAGGUUCGGCGCCGACCAGGAACGCAAAGUCCCCGGGGCCAUGUUGUGCCGUGCGCGAGCACACGCAAGCCAGGCCUCCAGCAUCCCCUGGAGCCCAGAGCCAUGAGGGGGAGGGCCCACGCUGUUCACCUGCGGCAAGCAGCAAACCUCAGUCUCCUGCCGUUCCCUGUGGCACGAGCCAAGCAGACGCCUCCCUAGACCGACCAGGAUCGAACCACGAAGAGGAGAUCCCGGGGGGAAAGCCUGCUUCAGGUCCGGCUCGUGUCCCCAGGGCAACACGCUCGCGGUGGGCUCCACCCCCCUCAGAGAGACGGAGUGGUGGCGUGAACCGGCGGCUGAGCAGUCCUGAGAAAAUCCUCAACCUGCAGCUGGAGCUGCAGCAAACCCUGUCCGGCAUUUAUAAGGCUCCGGCGGACCACGGAGGGUGGGCGGCGAGAGGGCGUCGCCCGCAGCCCAGGAGGAGCGCCUCCACCACCGCUACGCCCGAGCACCACCCGGCCUCCCUCCCCAGGACCCACAGCAUGGCCCUCCACACCCAGCUUCCUCCUCCUCCUCCUCCUCCUCCUCCUCCUCUCCUGAACGUCAGCCCCGCCCCCGUCCAAACUAAACCGCUUCCCAUGGCGACAGCCGCCGCGUCUGCAGUAGCCCACCUGUCAAACACACUCUCUGCUGCCGUGUUCUCCAGGUCGGCUAACAUGGCAACCGCUUUCGCUCCCAGUCCUUCCAACAUGGCGCCCGCUUUCCCUCGCAGUCCUUCCAACAUGGCAUUUGGUACCACAACGGCAGGUCGUUCCGGUUCUUUCCCUCUGUCCUCAACGGACGAUAAACCCAACCUAAGAAGCAGUGUACAAAACACACCAGAAUCGCCAAGAGGGCCAAAACACGCAACCAUCCCUGCAUCGGCCAACGCCACAAGCUCCGCCCCCAGCCCCGCCCCUACCUGUCGGACCGACCCGCCCAAUAAAAACCUCCGUAAGACCGCCACUGUCGGCGCCUCGGCUCCGGCCUCCAGCGUCCAGCCUUUCACCGGCAACGCUCCGAGCGCCACCGAUUCGGACGGCAACAACAACAACAACAACACUGCCCCCAGCGUGCCUCGGACCGGGACGCAGCCUCCCGCCACCCCCUCCGCCAGCGGUGCUUCAGACGGUGCCGGAGACGACCGCCGUGCCUCCACCACCAUCUUCUCCACCACCACCACCACCACCACCUCCACCACCAGGGUCCGGGCCGAUUUGGCCUGCAGCUCUCCCCCAGGGAGGUCCCAGCCCCGGCCAUUGGUCGGGCUGCCUGCUUCCACGCUGACCGGGAAACUCGGAAGACCGAGGCCAGAAGCCCCGGGAGAGGUGGGCACCGUGGAGGUCAUCCGGACGGUGGGCGGGAGCAGCCUCCUGAUUGGUUGGGAGAGGCCGCCACUCGACGAGCUGGGCUGCAGCAACGGCACCUUUGUCUACGGCUACAGGGUGUACGUCGAUGGAGAGUUCCACAAGUCCGUCAUGAGCUCAGCGUGCACCAAGGUCAUCCUGGAGAACGUGGACCUGAGUCUCCCGGUCCACAUCGGGGUCCAGACCCUGGGCUCCAACGGGCUGAGCUCGGGCAGGGUGACCACCGUGUUCCGGACGUCCCUCAGCCCGGGCCCCGGCUCCCCCGGGGCAGCGGGCCCCGGUCUCCCCACCGCUGAGGCGUUAGAGUUGAGGGAAACCGUGGGGCUUUGAGUCCGACGUUGGGGCGUCCGUGAGGGCGGUUCCCGGGGUGCUGAGAGUGUGUCUGUGUGUUCGAGGUCAACGACAGGGGAGGGCUGGCACCUACCGUCUGUUUGGAAGAACUCCCAGGACCCCCUUUCCCUUCCCGUACGGACCUGCUCUCCUGAUUGGAUGGGAGUACAUUGGGGCUGCCAAUGACGCUGAUUACCGGGUGGUGAUUGGACAGACGAGCUGCUUAUCAAACUGGACAAAUCAAUCAACUCAAGGCCGGGACUUGUUUCCAAGCCAAUCUCUGGUUGCACCAGUAGAAGCUUUCUGCGUCAAAAAACUUUGGAGAUAAAAGUCAAACAUUUUUCACUGUGCUUUUGCAAAUUUCUACACUGUGUAAAAAAAGAAAAGGAUUAAUAAUUCCAAAUCAUAUUUUACAUUCCUUUAUCAGACCUCCAACAGUUGCCUCUGUGUCCAAAACAAAAGAAUGUUUCUAAGGGAAAUGUUUUCAUGGCAGCAAGCCAUUGGUGGUGUUCUUGCGUUCAAGCCUCAUUGUCCACGGCGGACAUCUUUACUUGGUGUUCAGACACCAGGGCCAAAUAUGACAACUGAAGAGUCAGUCCAAAGACUUUUGGUAUGUUUUCCCACUUGGUUGUACGGUAAAGCUUUGUUUCUAAUUGUUUUUAAAUUUGCACACAAAAUAUAUUGAUGUCCAAGGUAACUAAUGAAAGAAGAGGAGAUUCACACUGAUAUUUUUAUUGGUAGGAAAUGUUAUUUAAAAAUGUAACAUGCCAACGGUGUCCAGAAAACCAUGAAGGAUCUGUGUCUUUCUAAAAUGUUUUUGUAUUUUUCCGUCACACUGGCCUAGCUAAUGAAUUCGGACAGUUUGGUAAAAGGAUCCACGCUCUACUCAUGGGUUGUCAAGUGGUUUUAUCAGAGAGAGAGAGAGAGAGAGCUUUAUUGAAGAUGUGUGUGUGUUCUCUCUCUAUUAAUUUAUUAUCUGAAGGUCAGUACAAGUGAACCCCACAUGCACAUCUAAGAAAACAACUUCUACCUUUGCCGCAUGAUGACUAAAUGGAUUGAGUUAGUUAACUCUGAGAAAAGGAAACUGGGUCUUUAAUCUGAUGAAACCAUGUUCACAACUCUACGUUCUCCUAGAAGGAAUGUGUUUCAGCAAAGGUAUUUUUCUAUCUGUGAAUGAAAGGAACUUGUUCUCACUCCAUUGUGGCUUCUUUGAACUCUACAGAGAAUAAAUGUUUAUAUUCA